AUGUCUGCGUCUCUAGCGCCCGAGUGCAACGAAGUCAAGGAGCGCUACGAUACUUGCUUCUUGAAAUGGUACAGCGAGAAGUACCUCCGAAGCAGCGGCACAGACAACAAUGAGUGCGCCGACCUCUUCAAAAACUACCAAAAGUGUUUGACGGUGGCGCUCAAGGAACGUGGGAUAGACAAGCUGCUGGACGAGGCGCGGGAGGACCAGAAGGACAAUGACGCGACGUACAUGGGACGCAAAUGUGAGUGCUCUUCGUCUCGGCCCCUACGUGUGAGUCUACGGUGCGGAUGGAACGGAAUCUGA